AUUCACUUCACAAACACCUUUCACUUUCUUGUAAUGUGUAAACCCCAAAACCACUCUAUCUUUUUCCUCCACCUAGCUAUCUAUAAACCAGAUCAACCAUAUCGUGAGGUUUGAGUCUGUGAAAUGAAGGAUUUUGGUUUGAGCAUUUGAGAUGGAGAACAAGGAGAUGAUGGGUGUGAAGAUGGAGGAUUAUGCCGUAGGAUCUUCUUCCUUUCCUUGCCCUCCAUUCUUUGAUUUUUCUGAAGAUAAAAGCACUUUAGGGUUUAUGGAGUUAUUGGGUGUGCAAGACUAUAGUCCUCUUCUUGAUUUGCCUCUAUUGGCAAACGUGUCUGUGCCUCUAACCUCUGCUGUUAAGGAACAACCUGAGACUGGGAAAGAGUGUUCCGAGGUGUUGAACCAACAACAACCUGCCACUCCAAAUUCUUCAUCCAUUUCGUCUGCGUCCAGUGAAGCAGUCAAUGAUGAACAGAAUAAAACUGUAGACCAAGCACAUGAACAGCAAAAGACAAAGGAACAGUUGAAGGCCAAAAAGACAAAUCAGAAGAGACAGAGAGAACCGAGAUUCGCGUUCAUGACGAAAAGCGAGGUCGAUCAUCUGGAAGAUGGGUACAGAUGGAGAAAGUACGGUCAAAAAGCUGUGAAAAACAGCCCCUUUCCUCGGAGCUACUAUCGUUGCACCAGUGCUUCAUGUAAUGUGAAGAAACGUGUGGAGCGAUCUUUUAAUGAUCCAAGCAUUGUAGUGACAACCUACGAAGGCCAACACACACAUCCGAGCCCAGUUAUAACUCGCUCAGGAGUUUCUACUGGGUGUGCCGACAAAUUUGGUUCAGUAAUGGGUGGAUCUGGGAACUACAUGUCCCAAUAUUAUCAGCACAAUCAACAAGUCCACGUCAAUACAUUGUCUUCUUUGGGUUUUCCUCCUCCUUCUUCAAAGAAUGUCUCUUUUCCUCAAGAGAGACUGUUUUGUAAUCCAGGGUCGACUGCAUUGUUAUGUGACCAUGGCCUUCUUCAAGAUGUUGUUCCUUCUCACAUGUUGAAGGAAGAGUAAAUGAUAACUCCAUUAUGUGAUUUAUUAUGAUUACUUUUUUGUAGGAGACUUAGAUGAGGACUCCAUUACUGGUAUAUGUAAGUUUUUCUUAUGUUGACUGACAGGUGGUACUGGUGAUACUGAUGAUGAUCAUAUGUAAAACCCGCUUUAUCUUUUUUGCACAUAUAGGUCUUGUCAUAACAUAAAUAUCAGUGUAACACGAUGAUCAGAUGUAUCAUUUCCUCGUUGAUGUCUCUUACUAGCUGGUUUUGAUUUAAUAUCUUGUACUCUAAUAGAUACAAAAAAAUGAAAGAGCAAGUCAAAAUAUCCGUUGGUGGUUUGGACUGUGGGGAAAUGAUUAAAAAAUAUAUCAAAUAGGUUUCUAUCUUCUUUAUAAUC